AUGGGUCAAGAUCAGCCGAUUCCGGCGGCACUGGAGGUUUCCGGCGGCGAAAGAUUUGGGAUUGGGUUGGAAGAUUGGGAGAGUUUGUUGUCUGAAUCGGGUCAAGAUCAGUCUAAUUUGACGACGGCAAUGGUAGCAAAAGAUUCAGCAUUUUGUUUAUGUCGUUAUCUUUUCAAACCUGACAUUGGAGAUCAAGCUGGUGGUGAUUCUUUUGUUGGUGAGGAUUUCUCAAAUUGGAAGAAAAAAGAAAAAAUUCAAACUCAUGUUGGAGGUCCCAAUAGUGCUCAUAAUCAAGCUUCGAAUGUCAAAGUGGUUGCAUUGAGCAAUGCUCCACAAAAUGUCAAGUUGACAUCUCCUGAUAUUCAAAAACAUAUUGUAAAUGUGGCCGCAUUUGAAACUAUCAAUGUGAUUAUUAGAGAUCUUGGUGAUGCACUUUUUUCUAUUUUGAUUGAUGAUGCCCGUGACAUAUCAAUCAAGGAGCAUAUGGCAGUUGUAAUACGAUAUGUGGACAAAAAAGGCCAGGUGAUUAAGCGCUUUUUGGGUAUUGAACAUGUUACUAAUACGAAUGCUCUCUCACUCAAACAAGCUGUGGAAAAUUUAUUCUCCAAACUUGGAUUGAGUAUUUUCAGAUUGUGGGGUCAUGGAUAUAAUGGGGCUAGUAAUAUGCAAUAUGAGUUCAAUGGUCUUAAAACACUUAUACUGAAAGAGAAUCCUUGUGCAUAUUAUGUUCAUUGUUUUGCUCAUCAAUUGCAAUUGGAAUUUGUAGCUGUGGCAAAGAAUCAUGAUCAAAUUGUUUUACUUUUCACUUUGGUUUCUAAUGUGGUGAAUGUUGUUGGAGCAUCAUGCAAAUGUCGAGAUAUUAUUAGGGAGAAGCAAGCUGCAAAAGUUGCUGAGGCACUUAAUACUAGAGAGCUAUCUAGUAGGCAAGGCUUAAAUCAAGAAACUAAUCUUAAAGGUGCUGGUGAUACAUGUUGGGGUUCACACUAUGGUACUUUAGUUAGCUUGGCUGGUAUGUUUUCAAUAGUGAUUGAUGUGCUUGAAAUGAUUUUGGAGAAUGGUUCAAAUUCAAAACAACGAGCAUAA